AUUAUGAGUUGUUUUUCAACGGAUCUCCUUCUUACCAUGGUCAAGAGAAAUUCGCAGAUGAGUGUGAUCUAGAGAAUUCUGGCUAAAGAAAUUAAUUAAGAUGCUUGGCAUACAUGUUGCUGUUUGAUUUUUCAUCAUGUAUAGUUAAGGUAAUACUGUAAUGAAACAGGCCUGUGUUUAUAAAAUAAAUUAAAAAUAAUGUAUUAUAAAUAAUAAAAAACAGUCAUAUGACCUAUUUUGCUAUUGAUAAGAAUGACAAAGGCAUUUACGUUAUCAAUUUUGCACUAAGUGGCCUUUUGAAAAGGAAUGAGUUGAUAGCCCAAAAAAUAACAAGAAGCUAUCAUGAAAUAUGAUGAAUGCAUUCUUUACUGGGAAUGAAUCAAUUAGUUGCAACGGGAUGACUCAGUGCUGACCGGAUCCGCGAACCGUUUGCUAAGCAUAAGUGAAAUAAAAAAGCAUAUUAAGAAAAACGUGACUCAUUGUCGUCGCUUAAUUAUUUCAUUCUUGGAUGCUAUUCCCAUCUCCUCAGACCGUAUAGUUGGAAUGUCUGAGACAAAAUGAACCUUGUUGUAAUACUAAAAAUAGCCGGUCCUCUCCAAGGAGUAGAAAGCAUGUUUUGAAUUUUCCGCGUUUCCACUUUACAUACACUUAUCCACAGAGAAGAAUAAUGAAGCCGUGCUCUCAUUCCCAACCACAUUAGAUAGAAAUACUCAAAAAUAGCAACAAAAAAUGGCUCUCGUUGAAGGCACCACCAAGACUGAAAUGACCCUCACCGAGUCACAAACUCCCGUGAUUUCGAAGGAAGUAAUUGUCGAAAAAUCAUCUGCCGGCGUUUCCGAAAAAAGCGUUACGCAGUCCAAAAGCUUCGGCGCUAGCAGCGAAAAGGAAAUCCUGGAGGAAAGUGCCAACGCCAUCUCUAAGACUGUGGAGAAAUCAGAGUCAUCGUUUGCUUCCGAACGGAGUGUGUCUGAAAAAGUUUCGGAUACUGGAUCUCUUGCCUCAUCACUGCUCUCUUCUUCGUCCGUGAUAAGCUCCGUUUCAAGCAGCAAAGUGGUAUCCUCGUCAUUCAGCUCUUCCAGUUCAUCGUCCAUGUCCAGUAUCAAAUCAUCUUCGUUCGACUCCAGCACAGCUAUCGACGAUUUCUUUAAAAAUUAGACACUUUCAAAACAUAACAACUUCUACUUUCGAAAAACUACCUUUGAGAAAGAAAUUGAUUAAAAUGUUCAUAUCCGUACGUGUGUAUUAAUUUGAAAAGCCCAAAUAAAACAAGCAGAAGGCAGUAAAAUUUAA